AUGGAAGAGCAAACUGAGCAGACCAAGAAGGAAUACAUCAACAACGCCAGUGCGCUACUCGCCCAGAUACAAUCAGCCUCCACAAAGCAAGUCCAACAGAGUCCGAGCCUGUAUUACUACAACGAGUACAAGGCAGCAACUGAACCGCUUACCACGGCCGCACAACAGUCUUUCCCGUACAACCCCGAGUACCAGCUUAGACCGAUUGAUGCUGGCUACCGUCAGACGACUCUCAACAACGAUAACGAGAUCGAAAAGCUCAACGGGAGGCAUCCUAUAGACCUCGCAAAUAUUAAAUACGACGAUAAAGUUUAUGUUAUCCCGCAAGGUGAAUCUGAGAACUUGCGGCUGAAUAGAGAGCAUGAGCUGUUUAAAUUCAUUAUCGGUGGCCUUUGGUGGGGUCCGCUUAGUGAGGUUGUCUCAAGAACUACACGAGCAGGAAAAAAGGGUGUCAUCGGCGAUUGGGGUGCUGGGACUGGUAUUUGGGCAAUGGAAUUAGCUCAGCAGUUCCCAGGAGCAGACACUCACGGCAAUGACAUCCAAUGCAUCACGCCAAUAAAAGGACGACAAGUACCAAGGAACUGCUUCUAUAGAUGCGUCGAUAUCACUAAAGAUCUCACAUUGGCAUAUCAACCAGAGAGUUUCGAUGCAAUCCAAAUUAGAUGUUUAUAUGCAGCUAUACAAGAUUACCCGGCGCUCCUUAAAGACACACUCCCACUUCUCAGGCCAGGUGGAAUGCUCCUACUAAUGGAACCCAAGUGGACUACUGUUUCGCGCUCCACGACCGCUGGACCUUGUUGCCGCACUCUCGCUACCUGGAUAGAGCAAUUGUUUGUUGAGAAAGGUCUAGACCCAGGGCUUGACGGUGACAGGCUGGAGACUUAUGUCAGAGCAUCCGGGGAGUUUGAUGAAGUAAAGAGCAAGGUAUUCCAUGCUCGUAUUGGAGCAUGGCCGGCGUACUCGGGGGUUGAUCUCCCUAAUAGACAUGUUGCGCAUCUGUUUGCAGACGAUCUACUCAACCUGUUUAGAUCAUUUAUACCCAUUUUCCUUAAACGAGGUUACUAUGAACCUGAUAUCAAUAACAUAAUAGCAAGAGCUGCUAAAGAGACGACGCUAACAAAAUAUAGAAUUGUUGAAGAGCUACAUUACACAUAUGCAAUAAAGAGGCAGUAA